AUGGCUGUAUUUCGAAUUGAAAAUACCAAUGUAAAUGCACCUCCAGGGAAUAACAACGAUAAAAUAAUGCUCUACCAAAUUGGCCGGUACAUCAGCUCCAGUGAAGCUGUUUGGCGUAUCUUUGGUUUCCCAAUUCAUGAACGGGAUCCAGCAGUUAUUCAUUUAGCCGUACAUCUUGAAAACGAUCAGAGCGUAUUUUUCACGAACGAGACAGCGAUUGAACGUACUAUAAAUCAGCCCAAAACUAAACACACCGAAUUUUUUGAACUGUGUAAUCGUGUGGAUGCUUUUGGUGCCUCUGCACGAACAUUGCUCUAUUCAGAAGUACCACGCUAUUUCAUAUGGGCUCAAACAAAAAAAUGGAUGUCCCGCAAGCAAGGCACACCGAUUGAUGCAUAUAUAUUUGGUUUAUUCAAAUCAAACGCCUUGGGGCGAGUAUUUACAGUCAAUCCAAGACAGACUGAGUGCUUUUAUCUUCGACUGUUGUUGGUUAAUGUCACUGGCCCAUUGUCAUUUCAAGGUAUACAAAAACUGAAUGGACAACAGUAUCCAACGUAA